UGCAUCAGGGAUGUCUUUUAAUGCCGAUUACUUUAAUAUAGUUUAUGUUAAACCUUACACCAGGGUCGGUGUGUAUGCUAUUGGUUUAGCCCUUGGCUACCUCAUUCACAAGAAAAAGGGGAAAAAGCUGUCGAAGGUAUUUGUAUUCAGUGGUUCUGUCAUUGCGGGUGUUCUAGGUUUCGUCAACACUAUUUUAUCGUGGAAUGCUUGGAUACCAUUAUCUAGAUUAACAUACGCAGCUUAUUUAAUUCAUCUGAUAAUAUUAACUAGUGAAAUAGGAAGUAUUAGAUCUUUACCGUAUGCAGAUAUGUAUUAUAUUCACUGA